GCGAGUUUGUACAAAUCGGUCAAAUAUUAACAAGUAAUUAAAAACAAAACUAAGCUACAUUUAAUUUUUUUUGAGUUCAGGUGUUCAGAAACAUAAUAUGGUUGAGAAAUCUGUGUUAUUUGUUUGUCUGGGUAAUAUUUGUCGUUCAACAAUGGCCGAAGCAGUUUUUCGUCAUAUUAUAUCAACCAGAAGUGAUUUGCAAUGUUGGAAAGUUGACAGUUGUGGAACGUCUUACUACAAUAAUGGUAAUGACCCCGAUUACAGAACAUUAGAUACCUUAAGAAUGCACGGAAUUAAUAGCUACACGCAUAAAGCUCGUCAAAUAUCUAAAUUAGACUUUGAUCGUUUUAAAUGGAUAUUUGUUAUGGAUUCGUCAAAUUAUAAAACAGUAAAAUCGCUUCUUCCAAAAUCUUCUAACAAUAACUUGUUCCUUCUGCGUUUUUAUGAUCCAGAUAAAGAGGAAGUAAACCCUUCAAUUAUUGACCCUUACGAUAAUGGUCGAGACUGUUUUGAGCUUUGUUAUCAACAGUGUUUGAAAAGUAUUAAUAAUUUUUUAGCCAAAGAGUUUAACUAACUACUUCAAGCUUCAAGAAUGUAACAAUACUAGAAACACACAAAAGUUUCAAAUUUGCACCGUAUAUAAGUGUCUUAGAAGAAACCAUGACUACAUUACUACAUAAGAUUGAAGGAUGAUUUUGUAAAUAUAAUAAUUUAGCUAAUAAACUUGAAUCACUUUUUUUCUUAA